AUGGUAAUCAAGUUUACCGCCACGAGCGUCGUCUCGCUGCUGCGCGGCGCGGCCGCCGCCGCCCGCCACUCGCCGAAAGCGGGGACGCUGCACCGCUUCCGCGCCGCCCUCCGGCGCGCCAUCCACACGAUCCACCCCACCGCCCUCCUCGACUCGACCCCGCACCUGCCAGGCUCGGGCCGCGCCGCCGCGCGCGUCGCCCACCUCUCCCACUUGGCGCCCAAGCACCCCCUGGGCCCCGUUAAUGGCGCCUUCCGCACGGGCACGUACCGGCCGGGCGCCCGCGCGCCCCGCGGCGCCGCCCUCCCCGCCCACGUCGGGCUGGGCAGCGCACGCACGUUCGCGACCGCCCCCGCGGCCGGCAGCAUCCCCAGCGCGGCGGGCAACGUACCCGUCGUGCUGCGCGCCUUCUCCCAAAUCUUCGACGACGACAAGCUCGCCGGCCCCCUCCCCACCGCCCGCCGAUACAUCCCCUACCGGCGCGAGCACGGCUCGCGCGCUUCGCGCCCUCGUGCGCGCCAGCUGCGCCGCCCCUCCGCCGCCUCCUGCGCCUCGGGCCGCAGCAUCGGCGAGCAGCUCGCCGCCUACUUCCCCUUCCGGCCGACGGAGGAGACGGCCCUCCCCACGCGCCCCGAAGACCUCGUGACGCGGGGCAUGAGCGCGACGCUCGCGCUCCCGCUCUCGGCGUCGCUCGACGCCCUCCUCGCCCCUGCGCCGAUACCCUACGCGGACGCGCAAGUCGGCAUCGGCGUUUUCGCGCGCCUCUACGACGGCGCGGAGCCGCUGCACGCCGCGUACGCGGCCGCCGGCGCACGCAUCAUCCCCCUCCUCGCGCGGAUGGAGGCACUCGGUCUCCUCCACCCCGGCGCGUGGCCGCGCGUCGCCCUCGCCCUCCAAUGCGACUUAGGCCGGCCCGAUAUCCUCCGCGUGACGUUCCACGACCGGUGUGCCGGCGACGUACUCGCUCUCCUGGGGGAUAUGUUGGACGACGGCCGCUUCGCGCUUACAGACACGUACGCGCUCAGUGCGGCGGAAGAGGCGGCGAUCGCAGAGCACUGGGACAGCGUCGCGCCCGCGCCGACCGUGCCGGCGCCCUCGCCGGCCGAUACGGUGUCCCUCGUCAUGCCCACCCUCGACAUGACGCCGACGCCCCUGGGAAACGCGUACUCGUACGCAGACGAAGUCGAGCCCGCGUGGCCGUCGCCCAGCGGCGCAUCCACCCCGUCCGACGCGUCCUCCCCCUCCGUCCUCGACAGCUGGGCGACGAGCCCCGCCCUCUCCCGCUCCCUCAGCCUCGACUACCUCGACUUUGCGUCCGACUCGGACGGCUGGUCCGUGUCCCCGAGCGACGCGGACGCCGAAGUCGAGGCCGCGGUGGGGAGCGUCGAUGUCGGCGAAGUCGAGGUCAGUUGGGUCGGCCCGGGCUUGAGCUUGGUUGAUUCGUGGUAA